CGCCGCGCCGCCCAAUCAGCGCCCGAAGCGCGCACGCUCAGGAUUCAAACUGCGGCGCCUGGGGCUUUCGGGGAUUCCACUUGGUGCGGAUGCAGCCCCGGCUGCGUGAGGGCCAUGGAGCACCGCAUCGUGGGACCUGGGCCAUACCGGGCCACCAAGCUGUGGAAUGAGACUGUUGAGCUUUUUCGCGCUAGGAUGCCAUUACGGAAACAUCGCUGUCGUUUCAAAAGCUAUGAACAUUGCUUCACAGGGGCUGAAGCUGUGGAUUGGCUGCAUGAGCUGCUCAGGUGCAGCCAAAACUUUGGCCCCGAAGUGACCCGCAAACAAACGGUCCAGCUGCUAAAAAAAUUCCUGAAGAAUCAUGUUAUUGAAGACAUCAAGGGAAAAUGGGGUCAGGAAGACUUUGAAGACAACCGUCACUUGUACAGAUUUCCUCCUUCCUCACCCCUGAAACCAUACCCAAAGAGGCCCCCAUAUCAGAAGGAUGUUAUUAAAUUUCCGGAAUGGAAUGAUCCCCUACCAGGCACUUCACAGGAAAAUAUCCCGGUGAGGCCAGUUGUGAUGAAUUCUGAGAUGUGGUACAAGCGUCACAGUAUUGCUAUUGGAGAGGUGCCGGCUUGCCGUCUCAUCCACCGCAGACAGCUGACAGAGGCCAAUGUGGAAGAAAUAUGGAAAUCUAUGACAUUAUCAUAUUUACAGAAAGUCCUUGGCCUGGAUUCCUUAGAAGAAGUUUUAGACAUUAAACUCGUCAACUCCAAGUUCAUCAUCCAUAAUGUAUACAGUGUGAGCAAGCAGGGGGUUGUUAUCCUUGAUGACAAGUCAAAAGAACUUCCUCAUUGGGUCCUGUCAGCUAUGAAGUGUUUGGCAAAUUGGCCUAACUGUUCAGAUUUGAAGCAGCCUAUGUAUUUAGGAUUUGAAAAAGAUGUCUUUAAAACUAUAGCCGAUUACUAUGGUAACUUGAAAGAGCCUCUGCUUACAUUUCACCUCUUUGAUGCCUUCGUCAGUGUAUUAGGUUUGUUACAGAAAGAGAAAAUGGCCAUUGAAGCAUUUCAGAUUUGCUGUCUCCUCCUGCCCCCAGAAAAUAGGAGAAAGUUACAGUUAUUGAUGAGAAUGAUGGCAAGGAUCUGCUUAAAUAAGGAGAUGCCACCACUGUGUGAUGGCUUUGGCACCCGAACACUGAUGGUUCAGACAUUUUCCCGUUGCAUCUUGUGUUCCAAGGAUGAAGUGGACUUGGAUGACUUAUUAGCUGCUAGGUUGGUAACGUUUCUGAUGGACAAUUACCAAGACAUUCUGAAAGUCCCUUUGGCCUUGCAGACCUCCAUAGAGGAGCGUGUGGCCCAUCUACGAAGAGUCCAGAUAAAAUACCCAGGAGCUGAUAUGGAUAUCACUUUAUCGGCUCCAUCAUUUUGCCGCCAAAUUAGCCCAGAGGAAUUUGAAUACCAAAGAGCAUACGGCUCUCAGGAACCUCUGGCUGCCUUGUUGGAGGAAGUUAUCACAGAUGCCAAACUCUCCAGCAAAGAAAAGAAGAAAAAAUUGAAGCAGUUUCAAAAAUCCUAUCCUGAAGUCUACCAAGAACGAUUUCCUACACCAGAAAGUGAAGCACUUCUGUUUCCUGAAAAGUCUAAAGCAAAACCACAGCUGUUGAUGUGGGCACUAAAAAACCCCUUCCAACCAUUUCAAAGAACUAGAAGUUUUCGGAUGUAGUACUUUGAUAGCCGUUAGAGACCUCUGUUGAUGCUGUUGUUUUGAGUUAAUGGGUGGUUGGAGGACUAUACUGGUGGAAUAAAGAAGCACGUAAGCCACAGACUACUGAUUUAUAGAGAUUACCUGACUUCAAAAAAUGUUGAGCCAUUGUCAGUAUUUUUAUAAAACUCAGUGCUAUUUUUAAAGUGUACAAAGCAGUUAAAAAUAAGGAGACAUAUAUAUGGUGGUAAUGUUAAUAUGUUUGUUAUAAAAUUUAAGGGUCUUUUCAUUUUUUUAUUUGUUGUUUUUUACAGUGUUUAUAAAAUAUUUGUGUGUACACCUGAUUACUGAUGUCUUUGUGAUAACCAAGACUGAAAGAUAAUGUAUAUUCUUGGAUAAGAAAGACACUGGAUACUGUUACUGUGAUGCUAUUGACUUAAUAGCCAAUUGUGAUCUCUGCUGUGUAGAUUGUUUUUCCUUGUUGCACAAAGAUUCUUAAUGUUCUAUAUUACAUUGGCUGUGUCUUUUAUUGCAGAUGUGUUGGAUGCUCCGACAGAUUUUACUUUUAUGACAUAUAUAUUAUAAUUAAACACCACCUAAAUGAAGUAGAUUUUCAUUUGCCUACACUAGUAUAAUUUCAGUCUUGGCUAAAGAUGGAAAAUGGAACAGGAUAAAUUCUUGCAGUCCUAUUAGUCCUGUGAUUCUAAGAGGAUCUUUGUUGUUUCAUGAAAAACACAAUGAGUUAAGUAAAAUGAGACAACUUCCUUCAUAUAUUUCCCUAGCUUUCUCAUCCUUUUGAA